GGGAACGGCCCUGGUAAACUUCAAUUAUGGAAGGGUAGGUGAUUCUGACGAACAUGAAAAGCGCGUCAGAAUCUCCUUUCAACUCCUUGUUUUAUUACUUCCAUAGUUCCAUCGGCAUGCCAAUUCCCGUCAAAUCCAAUCAAUCAUUCAGCAAUUCAAUUCAUUGAGCGAAAUGUAAUCCAUCUCCGUUUUCUUCUUCUUCUUUCCCUCCCAUAAUCCACUAAAUGUAACAGAAAAUAAAAUAAAAUAAAACAAAAACACAUGGCGUCGGCAUUGGAGAAGAAGAAAAGCCUUCACUCCCUAAUGGCCGCGCACCUCAGCAAGCUCACUAUCCCACCUUCUUCUUCUGACCCGAACCCAUCCCCAUCCAUGACCAGCCCCCGCGUCAUCCACAGUAGGUCCCACUCCUUCGUGGGUCCCUCCCCUCGCUUCGCCCCCUCCCCCAAUCCCCUCUUCUUCCUCCACGAAGAUGAAGAUGACGACUCCGAACCCGACGAUAACCAACCAGUGACCGUCCCCGUCACUACCCACCCUUCCCAGGCCCCUAAAAUGGCACCUUCUGACUUCCAUAUUCUUAGAGUUGUAGGGCAGGGUGCCUUUGGUAAGGUCUUUCUUGUUAGGAAAAAGGGUAUUGAUUGCUCUGACGGUGAUGGGGUCUUCGCCAUGAAAGUUAUGAGGAAAGACACCAUCAUUAAGAAAAAUCACGUUGAUUACAUGAAAGCCGAGAGAGAUAUUCUCACUAAAGUCAUUCACCCUUUUAUCGUUCAGCUCCGCUACUCUUUCCAGACAAAAUCUAAAUUAUAUUUGAUCUUGGACUUCAUUAAUGGAGGCCAUCUUUUCUUUCAUCUCUAUCGCCAGGGUAUUUUCAGUGAGGAUCAGGCAAGGAUUUACACUGCUGAGAUAGUGUCUGCUGUUGCACAUCUUCACAAGAACGGCAUCGUCCAUCGGGAUCUUAAACCUGAAAACAUUCUUAUGGAUGCCCAUGGCCAUGUGAUGCUAACUGAUUUUGGACUGUCUAAAGAAAUCGACCAAUUCGGCAGAUCCAACUCUAUGUGUGGGACCACUGAGUAUAUGGCUCCUGAAAUCUUACUGGGUAAAGGCCAUAACAAGGAUGCAGAUUGGUGGAGUGUUGGUAUUCUCUUGUAUGAAAUGCUAACAGGGAAGGCACCAUUUACGCACAAUAACAGAAAGAAACUUCAGGAGAAAAUUAUUAAAGAAAAACUUAAACUGCCUCCUUUCCUUACCAGUGAAGCUCACUCUUUGCUAAAAGGAUUGCUGCAAAAGGAUCCAUCGACAAGGUUGGGCAGUGGGCCAAAUGGAGAUGACCAGAUCAAAAGUCAUAAAUGGUUUAGGUCAAUCAAUUGGAACAAACUGGAGGCAAGAGAACUGGAACCAAAGUUUAAACCAGAUGUUUCUGGGAAAGAUUGCACAGCUAAUUUUGACCAAUGUUGGACAGCAAUGCCUCCUGAUGACUCACCAGCACCCACACCCACUGCAGGUGACCAUUUCCAAGGCUUCAGUUAUGUGGCACCAAACCCUUGGCUUUCAUCUACCUAGACUGAAUUAGGAAGAAAAUGUGUAUAUUCAAAUUAUUACCUCAACAAGACAAGUAACCCAAAUCUUCUUCUUUCUUAGCAUGCACGUAACCCAAGCCUUCUCUCACAAAGGUGCCACCACCCACGAUUCUCUUUCAAUCAAAGGCAACUCUUGAACGAACGUUGUAACUGCUCAUUGCAGAGAUAAUAUAUAGUACAGAAUGUUUAGUGGCUCUGAUAUGACAGCUUAGUUCAUUUGUCUUAAACAAAGAUAAAAGAUAUGCUUUGCUUUGUCAUCCAUUCAUGUAAACAUUAACAUAUUUGACUAGCCAGUGCCCAAAAUAUGAGGGGGGAAGUGGAUGGCAUAUUUGACUUAUUCUUCAUCAGAAGAGUUGUAUGUAUCAAAUUAUGGUGUCGUAUUUAUGCAGCAACGCCACUGAAACGUUUAUGCAUAUUCAUUGUUGCUCCUUAUGUAUAUGUAGCUAUGAGCUAUUCAAGACUAGCUAUCAAAUGUUUUGGUUAUGAAAUCUAUGCAAGAAGUUAUUAGUAU